AUGUCAACCUUGUCGUCCAGAGCUGAUAUUGCCUUUCGACAUGCUGUGCGCUCUUCCGCCCACCAGACUGAACGCGCAUCAUCCACAAAUGCAGAGAAUAGGAGUACCAUCCUUUCAGGCAGAAACAUCAUGCCGCCACUGGCCAUACUGCCGAAUAGCACGCAAGUUGGCGUCAGACAACCCUCCCCGAGGCAUGCCAGUCUCACAACGCACCCUCAUUACGAAGACGACUCGGACGAAGAGUACGACAUCUGGCUUGACCAGGUAGAUGCAGAGGCGGCACGGCCUACGGACGCCAGUAUUGCACAAGUGGACAAGACUGUGCGCGCAGCUAGGAAUCGUCUGCGUUCGGAGUUCGGCAGCGCAAACGUGGAAGACCAUGAAAGGGAGGCUAUAGAGACGCCGUUGAGAAAGUGGGCGUUUAAGGUGACAAAGCCCUUGCUAGAAUUCCAGCAAGCCCAGGUAACUGCGGAUUCGACUGAGUGCCAGAUGUGCUUCGAAACCUACGGCGUCCAGAUACCCGAAGGGAUCAGCGAGGUGGCCCUGCAGCUCCCGUGCAAGCAUAUUUUUGGCGACAAAUGCAUGCAAAGAUGGCUUGCGGGAUCCAAGCAAAUGGAAUGCCCGUAUUGUCGAGCUCGGCUGGUUCCGUCUGUGCAAGUCCACGGGCCUUGCAUCGCCACGACCUGGCUACGAAACAUGGCGCAAUACCUCCGCGAGAUCCAGUCAGUCAGACGGCAGCUCUUGGACAGACGCGAAGAGGCAGAUGAAGGAGUAUCGCGACGAUUGGUUAACGAGUCAAUACGGGCUAGACGCGCGAGGGAGGCCGUGCUGAACGAGAACCGACCAUCUUCGCGUCGAAGAAUCACCUUGUCCGGGCCAUACCAGGCGAGUUCAGCUCAGCAGCGUCCCUUGACGACCCCUGGCAAUACCAGUGGCGCUCAAAGCCCGCGCACACUUCGACAACGCCAAGGCCACAGCAUACAUGAAGACCACACUGCCACGCCGGAGACAGGGCUGUGGACUGCUUCGGCCGAAGAGCAGUAUCAACUCGAGCGUAGCUCUACACAAGCCCGUGCACCACUUGGCCAAGCCUCUGUCAAUGGCCAGCUCCCACUGCCGGGCGCAGGCUAUCUAGGAAUUCCUGAUGCCUUGGCCGCUCCUCGUUCUAUCUACACGGCAAACGCCAAUGAGAGCCAGGCUGUUCUUCCGCGCGGGGACUUGUUCUUCCCCUCCGGAGUGCCAUAUGAAGGCUACGUAGGACGCAAUGCCGUCUUGGGUACAGAUACUACAGAAUCUUCCGGUGCCCUGGCGGAUGGUCUGUCUUCGGGAGCACGGCAGGGCUACUACUAUGCCACGCAACUCAACUACUACACCACUUUGGGCAUGCCGCAGCCCAGCUCCAGCAGUGACCCAAGAUACUCUCAUGGCGACGAUCUCAUGAAUCCGUCCUAG